AUGCCUCUUCAUCUCCCACAUCUGGGCCAUCACCGCUCAAAUUCACACUCAAAUGCUGAAAAGUCCGCUCCUGAAUCGUUCAUACCUCAAAGAGCGACAUCUCCCCGUCUUCAACCUCGAGAUGGACCUCUCACCCCGCAUCGAACGGCAACGACCGCGUCCACCGUAUCGACCAAUACAAAUUCGUCUUCUGACCAAUCCCAGCAGCCUUCUUCCAUCCUUCGCAAAGGUCCCACUACCCAGUCUUCCAUCUUGACAACUAGCAGCAUUGAUACGAGUGGUGCUGGAUCGUCAUCCUCAACUUCAGGUUCGGCAUAUGUGACGAAAAAGAUGAACAGUCUAGCGUUCGACAGGACAGAUACCAUCUCAUCGACGAUUGAAUCCGAUGAAGAGGAUGAUGGCGGAGCUUCAACUCCAGCUACCUCUGUGUCGAGCUUCGCCGCGCAAUGUCCGCUACCUGCAUCUUCAGCAAGUCAGAAAUUCCCAUUCUUUGUCUUGACAUUAUCCUCGACUUCCACUCUCAGUUUCAUAGCUCUGCCACUGGCUAUGAGGCCAAUCGUCCUUGAUGCGGUACAGCGGGCCUGGAAAAAGGGCAUUCAAAGGAGUGGAAACGUAGAUUAUGCCCCGGAAUUGAUGAAGAAACACAAGGAUAAGGGUUGUGAAGGUGGAGUGUGGGAAGUUACGCUGAAGGGCUCAUGUUGGAUGCCGACAAGUCAGGAGAAAGUCCAAUCCAAACGAAUCCUUGUCAAUCUUAUGACAGAAUUUGCUCGAGAGGGCUACAGCCUAACGUCUUCUUUCCGAACGUCCAAGAAAGAUUCUGGCAAAGACACGCUCAUGUUUCUCCGAGGCGAGCCAGAUCCCGAUCCAGUCUUCUUCAGCGUAGCUUUUCAUUCUAGCGAUAGAGUCUGGAUUAUCGAUUCACCAGCCGACGUGGGUCAGGUCAUCGAAGAAGGUAUCAAGCAGAGCUGGUUAGAUGGCGUCCAAGCAGCCAGGACACGAGAGAGGCAUUGUCGAGAGAUUCGGCUAAGGGGGAAUCCAUGGACCGCUCACUCCACCUCCGCACUCAUCUCGGCGAGAUGUAUCCAGCUGGUCAUCAUGAAACUCAUUACUCACUCUUCGAGAGGUUACGACUUUGUCGGCAGUGUCGACAUGGCAGAUCUGGAAGAGGGCGAAUUGCCGACUACGUUCUACCGGGCCAAAUGGGGCCCUGAAAGGGCCGUAUGGGAUAUGGCGGCAUGA